UGUAAUAAUCAACCCAAUGGAGUCCCAGGUGGCAGUGUUCAAUCCACCCACUUUGUUUUUCCCAUUGCUCAAUAUAGGGAGUCCAUAAUUUCUUUAACGGGGGCACUUCACUCCUGGAAGAAAUAACCUAAAGAUGAACAAGGUUCUGGUGAUAGCAAUCUUAGCCCUGGUCUACCUGGAUGCAGCUGGAUCUCUCAAGUGCAACUAUUGUCGAAAUGUUCGACCUGGUAACGUUUGCAAACACGUUGAAAAAACAUGCCAAGCAGGAAAAAGGAAAUUUUGCUACAGUCGGAUGACUGUUAAAGGAGGCCAUAUAAAACGUGUGGAGCGUGGCUGUAGCCGUGUAUGUAUCAGCACAAAGUACCGGAAUGUGCAUAGAAUGGCAAAGUAUAUGCUGUGCUGUGAUGAAGACUACUGCAACAACCAUAAGUUAUGGAAUGAGGAAAACUCUGGGAAAUUAGCUGAAGCCCUCAAAUGCAAUGUCUGCUUGGACUACAGAGCUGGAAAACCCUGUCUCAAAGGAAAGGGGGUCUGCACAGCUCGCCCUGGAGAGCAAUGCGUCUAUACCAGGAUCAUAAGCAGAGAGAAGAACUCUGCUACAAGAGGGUGCAAAAAAACAAGUGAGAACUGCAACAAAACAAUUAAGAAAGCUGGUACAAUAACAAUAACAACUUGCUGUAGCUACCCUGACUUUUGCAUGUAUCAAAUCAAGAAACCCGGAAAAUGAAACAAAAAUAAGAAUAUUUUUUUCUGUAUCUGAAAUACUCCGAGCUCAGUUGAUUUCUGAAUCACCACUGUUUUGCACACUCGUUUGCUUUUGCUGCUUUCUAGUUUUCUCUGUUUCCCCUUGUUUAUUGAUGUAUUCUUUUUACUCACAAUAAAAGCCUCAGACUUUAGAGUAAUCGUUUUGGAAAGUUAUCUGUUAUCUCUCACUCAGAUUUACUAAACAUUUACUAAAUGUUCCUGAAAUAUUAUAAUACUAUUAGGACAGAAUGCAGGUGCAUAUAGGUGAUUAUGGA